AUGAGUGUGCUGGUUAUAACCGCCAACAUCGCUGCUGUGCGAACUGGAGCAAUGUUGAGCCGUGGCUGUCGAGCUCUGACGUUUGUGACAUCGGUGAGUGGGCGCGCCAAUCCUAAUAUCGCAGUUGCUCGUCGAGGCAUCUCGUGCCCCAGGGCGAGAGUCAGCGAUAGCGGGUCUUCCGACAUGAACUCGUUUGACCAGCUUCCGCGCUAUCCUGCUACUCCCGACGAUUGCAUCGCAUCGUUCGACACCAUCAAGAACGAUGAGGUGGUCCUGCAGCCUUCGCCUACGGAAAAGGGUGGCUCUAACAACGUUGCCGUAGAUUUUGGAAUGCUGCGCCGCUAUUCGGAGGAGUUAAAUGCGGUGUUGGCCAAUGCCACCUUUAAUGGAGUCACGCAAAUCCCUUUGAAGAAGUGGUUUAUCGAGGCCAAACCACUUGACGUAGCCCUGUUGCACUUCAGGGGCUUCGAACGUGGAGACUCGCUUUGCCUGUUCUACCAACGUACCGGAUUUCCGCUGGUACCCAGCCCUUCGGCGAGCUAUAUCCCAGCCACAGAGCGACAGUUGUCAUACUUUGAAACGGUCAUGUCUGGGCUGUCUGGGUUGCGCGUUACCAAAGUGCACUGCCCGUAUUUCUUUAAAAGCAUUCUGGCUAUUGACCUCAAGCCCGCCUACCAGCCUCUGGGUGAUGACGGAGGUGACGGUACCGCCGAAAGUUACAGGAUCAUGUUUAUUGCCCGCCGCUCCGGCAACCGUUUCGUCAUGACCGACAACAAGGAUGGCACCAUCCUGUUGACUUCGGAGACUUUCGACGAGAAAAGCGGCAUAAAGGAUGGAGUGGGUUCCGUAUUUCAGGCGGAGCCUUCCAACAAGGCUACACCGGACCCGUCGGAAUCUUAUGGCGAUUUCGCGUCUCAUUUCAUGGGUAAGCAACACAUGAGCUUACUUAAGGCCAUGAUACUAACAUACGAGGGUCUCGACGCUAGGCGUGUGACACUGUUGGCUGCGAAGUCGGGUGUUGACUGCACCAAGCACGUGUCAAAAAUAGAGAAUUUGGCAGAUUUUCAUGACACCUUUAUAAGAUGGGUUCGGUCGGCCGAUGAGUCACAUUCCCAGCUGCAUUUCGUUACCGGAGAUGGUAAUGUGGACAAUGAUAAUUUUGAUGCCCAAGGUGAAAGUGAGUCUGACAGAGGUGGAACGGUGAUCAAUGAACCGAACCAAACUGAAGAGUUGGAGGCCAACAAUAACAAGGCAGACCCAGUAGACGAAUCGUCAUCUAAGUCUGAAAACGGUGCUGUUGCCCCCAAGACAAUUAUUGAGUACGUUUUCCGCCAUUGGGGAUCGAGCGGCCCCGUUUACGCGCAUCAGCGUCUAUCUGAGGAAGCGCAUACCCUGAUCGAUACGACGCUCGAACGGCUAGAGAAGAUCCGCCAGCAGUGCAUCGGCGACGAGCAGCAGGUUGAGCGUCUAGCAAAGGUCAACGAACGCAUCAACACCAUCAAUGAAUACAGCCAAUCGCUAUCUACGGCAAUGAAGUGGAAAUCGCCGGAGCAGUAUGAUUUGGUGAAAACGAUUUAUGACCAGGUGUUUGACCUGGGCGACUUGACGGGGUACCGCAGCAAGGGUCGAACUGCGCGUGACGGUUCGAAAGAUGACCACAGCGGCGGCGCUUACAAUGAUGACGAGGAGGCUGAGAGGAAUGUUCCCCAUGCUAGGGUGAAAAAGGUCAACCCUUACAAGGGCAUCCUGGUAAUCAAGACUUGUGUUCAGGACCCUAAUACCCCCCUUAUAAUCGUUGGCCGUAACGCCGAGCAGAAUGAGCGUGUGACACACGAGCUCUCGCUACCGGGUGACAUCUGGUUGCACACCAAGGAUUGUCCUGGUUCCCACGUGUUGUUGCGUAGACAUGGCGGCUCCGCCGAGGCAUUGCAGGUUGCGGCUGACAUUGCGUGUCAUUACUCGAAAGCCAAGGCUCGCUCUAAGGCCGAUGUCAUAAAAACAGGCAUCGAGAACGUCACACGUUGCCCCGGCGCAAAAAUCGGAGCGGUGUUGGUGAGCAACUUCGAGACUAUUACCGGACACCCGGCCAGCGGCGGGGAGUAUGUCAAGGCCCACCGUGUAUCGCUAAACUAG